AAUAAAGUUGCAUACCGAUAUUUAUGUCAAGUCUUUAUAUGUAUUCACUAAUUAUCUUCAGCUUUCAAAAAUGGUGGUUUGUAGAUAGCCUAGUUUAUCGAGCUAACAUGAGAGGAAGUUAGCUUGCUUACGUCAACGUUAGCUUUGCUAGUUCAGCCAGUGUCAGUUUCGUUUUAGUAAAUUUAUCCUAUUCAUUURGAUGGUCUACAAUAUCUAGCUAGCUAUCUAUGUCAUUUUUAUCACUUGCAUGAGCAACCCUUUCAGGCCUAUGGUUUGGCUCCAUGUCAGGGCUAACUAACGUUCGUUCAGCCAGCAUUUGCCAGAUGACGUUAGCUAGCAUGACGGUUCGGGCAAGGCCUGCCGGUUAUCGCCAGCAUGUCACCUACAAGGAAUCAGCCAAGAUAGYCCCCGCCCCCAAGUUUCCUGAUAUUGAAUCSAUYUUCCCCUAGAUUGCUURUUUGACCCRUCAUCUCUUCACUGGCAACUUUCURUACAGAGAUUUGAUACGUUUACGUUCCAGCAUGUCUCACAACUACUCCUACAGACGACCACCACCAGCUAAAGAUCUAAGAGCCAGCGCUUURGACUCUCCAGAUCACCUGCACCCUGGAGACCACGGUCACAAUGUUUACAGAUCGUCCCAGGAGCCACCGUCUCAUUCCACAAUACCAUCCUACCCAUCCUCCUCAUCCAGAGCCUCCGCUGCCAACGAGUCCCCUUACUCCUUCUCACUACGCCAGUCAGACCCUUACUCCUCUCUAAGUCGGUCAGACCAAAUUCUGACCCUCCUGAGCAGCUGUGGGCUCGAGCCCAAAGACUUGUCUCUACUAGCCGAGAUGCCUGAGGAGCUCAUCACUGUGGAGAACCUACCACGUCUGCUCCUGGAGAUCAGAAAGAAGAGGGCGACACAGCAGCCACCAUAUCCAGCUAUGAUCUCUUACCCCCCUGCUGCCACAUCUCGCCCCCCCACUGRUACCCCUCCUCCAGGCRGUGCGUGGGAGCAGGGUGACCAGAGUCGUUCUCAGCCAUUAGACUACCCAUUGGACCCCCACCACGCUCUUCCCCCUUCCCAACUCCUUCCCARAGAACAGGCUGAGCCCUGGCAACUAGAUCGUCAUSGCAACCCGAUGCAGUACACACGCUCUCGCCUAGAACCUGUGCCUGUCCGAGUUGUGGACUACCACUAUGGUAAAGAAACUCCCAGAAGUUACCAAACUCCUAGGUCCACUUACAGCACGGCCCAAGGWGGAAGCAGCAACAGCUGGAAACCCCCCAACUCAUCCCAACCAGCAGUAGAUUACAGGUACCCACCACCACCAGCUACAAACUACAGACCACGCCCAGACCAAGAUGUCCCAGUUGUCACAAUCAAGAUGGCCACCUCUGYCAACACUCCCACCAAGAAGGCUGCUCUUGACUUCCACGGAGAAAUCCCCCAAARGUUUCCUUAUUCGUGCUCUCUCUGCGAUAUUACUGUGCUCUCUGAAAAGUUCUGGUUCACYCACYUCAAUGGAACUCAACAUGCAGACGGACAGCUCACACUUCUUCAAAUGUAUCCUGAAUGGGAUUGCCYGAUGCAGACCGCCAGAAGUGGUGACGACCACACAGACAGACCAAGGGUUGAAGAGAAGACUGGUGAACCUUCCCAUAGGUCUAUUAACUACUUAGGGGAGUGGCAAAGUGGUUUGUGCCAAAUUUACUGCCCGGUCUCUCAACGAAGAUGGUUGAAGGACCUGAUUAAACCGUUUGGUGAAGUUGUGAAAGUCAUCAUGUUCCCUGCUUUGGCGUUUGUGGAGUUGGGGUCAACGGACCAGGCCGCCGAUAUUGUGACAUACUACCUCAGUAACCCAGUGAUGGUGAAAYGAGGACAAGUCACCUUCUCUGUCUCGUCAACAUUUAAUUUCCUACAGAGUUCCCGGGUGUUGAGUUUUUCCCCUGUGCCUCCUGGUAAAGAGUCUGCCGCGUGGAAAAGAGAGUUACUGGCCGUAGCGGAAGGAUUUGGACCUGUGGKGCACUCUCUAUUCUUACCUACGCAGGCAUUUGUGGAAAUGACGAAUGCACUGGAUGCACAGAAGCUUGUUGAACACCAUACGUCCAAACACCUGAAAAUAGAUGAGAUACAUAUUAAAGUGGCCUUCUCAUCAGAGUAUGAUACAUUUCGGACCAUGUCUGAGAGGAAGUCUUCAGACAGGAAGUCUUCAGACAGAAAGUCUCCAGACAGGAGCAGGAAGUCUGAAGACAGAUCUAAGAGGAAGAGAACCCCAAGCCCCGGAAGGCGGUCCCUCAGCCCCAGGAGAGAUUCACCAACCUCCUCAAAAAGGAGGAGGAGUAGAGAGAGGGAUAGCGACCGUCAUAAAGAACGAGUGAAAUCAAACAGUGGGGGUAAAAGCAGGCCAAAGUCCCCCAGAAAACAGAGCUCCAGUCGGUCCUCCAGAAGCCCUCACAGGCCAAGGUCCCCCAGCAAACAGAGCUCCAGUCGGUCCUCCAGAAGCCCUCGCAGGCCAAGGUCCCCCAGCAAACAGAGCUCCAGUCGGUCCUCCAGAAGCCUCGCAGGCCAAGGUCCCCAGCAAACAGAGCUCCAGUCGGUCCUCCAGAACGCCUCACUCCCAUACUAAAGAGCGGGUGUCCAGUGAGAAGGUAUCCCCCAUUUCACAUCCACUCGCUCACAACCUCCCAUCAAGAAUAAGGCCACAUCCCAGUCCUCCACUGUGAUGGA